AUGGUAGCAGGUUCGGGGUGGGGAGACUGGUGGGGUGGCUUUGUGUAUGCGGGCAUUAUCAGGGCGUGCUUCGUACAGCAAGCUACCUUUUGUGUGAACAGUCUCGCUCACUGGAUCGGCGAACAGCCAUUCGACGAUCGGAGAUCUCCAAGGGAUCACGUGUUGACCGCUUUGGUGACUAUGGGCGAAGGAUACCAUAACUUCCACCAUGAGUUUCCGUCUGACUACCGCAACGCAAUAAUCUGGUAUCAAUACGACCCGACGAAAUGGCUCAUCUGGAUCAUGUCCAUAAUCCCUCUCUUUCCACUGACUUACGACCUGAAGACCUUUCGCUCUAAUGAGAUUGAGAAAGGCAGACUUCAACAGCAACAAAAAGCACUUGACCAAAAGCGAUCGAAGCUUGAUUGGGGUGUCCCAUUAGCUCAAUUGCCGGUCAUCAGUUGGGACGAUUUUCAAGCCCAGGCUUCCGCCAACGGCGCCGCUUUGGUGGCUAUCGCUGGGGUAAUCCACGAUGUUUCACCGUUCAUUGCUGAUCAUCCCGGUGGCAAGACACUGAUCAAGAGUGUGGUUGGCAAGGAUGGUACCGCGGUAUUCAAUGGCGGUGUGUAUGAACAUUCGAACGCAGCACAUAAUUUGUUGUCGACUAUGCGUGUUGGUAUCUUGCGAGGCGGUCAGGAAGUCGAAGUCUGGAAAACAGGUGCUGAGAGAGCUAGUAAAGACACCAAAGGCAAUGGUGUCGUCAGGGCAGGCGAUCAAAUCACGAGGGUGGCUGCACCUGUAGCAGCGGCUGUAGCAGCUUGA